UCUAUCAUUUUUUGAUCCUGAUCUUAGAUUCUCAAUUACUGAGACCACUAUAAUGUGGGAAAACAUAAAUCAUUCAUCUUAUGCAGAAAUUUUUAUUAUUAUCCGAUUUCAAUGAGGAUAAAAGAUUCAAAUCAAGAGCUGAGUAUAUUUUAUGAUUUGUUAUAUUUUCAGAAGCAAUUCUGAGUAUGAGAGUAAACGUUUUCAUUCUUUCUAUUUUCAUACAUACUACAACAGGUCAUGUUUAACAGGUCCGGGCCGGUAUGACGGAGAAGUGUGUAGUGAGUGUCUUAAAUUCGCAGUCCAAAUAUGUGUAUUUCUAGGAAGACUAGGUCCUCUUCUCGAAGUCUUUCAGUUUCCUGGAAUCACUGUCCAAUAAUCAAAUAAUGUGGACACUAUAAGCUUUACAUGAGUGUUCAAAGUCUAGUGUGCACUGAAUAAUAGAUAUAAUGAUGAUGAUGGAGAUGAAGAUAAAUCUAUCCAAGAUGACAAUAGAAAUUUGAUUGAAGACGAGGAGCAGUCCAGCAACCAGACAAUUUUCGAUGCAGUCAACCAAAGCUUUGCUGAUAAUAGCAAUGAGAAGUCUACUGCUGAACUGUCUCCAACUGGAGUUGAAAGCAAAACUGAGAACUUUUGCCCGCUAGCGAAGCACAGGCACAGUAACAGGCAUUCCUUGGAAAUGUGGCUGCUGGUUUAAGAAUGCUUUGGUCACUCGUGCCAACAGAUCUGAUCAAAUUGACUAGAGUGAUCGCGAUGUUUGGAACUAUUUUGUGGCAAGGAGUCACGGCAGAUCAUGCUGACCAAUAAUUGUAUCGAUUUGUGAAAGAAACGUUUAACAAAUUGUGAUAUUGCAUGAGAUCUCCGCAUCAUUCCACAACCAUCAGGAUGGCUGCGAAGGCACUGGCAGCUGUGCAUAUCAAGCACCAGCCACCAAUCCACUCUAUCAGAUUGGAACAUCGAUUCGCGCCAACUCAAUCAGACAGGAGGCUGACCCUCAAGUAGCACCGCAACAGUAUCCUUACGACCCCAACAGUUAUGCAUAUAACUAUGGCCAGGUGGUAUCACCCGCUUAUUAUGAUCCCUAUAGGGCGGGUGUAGAUCCAGGCGUGCCUUUUGACCCAAGUGUCUCUUAUGGACAGUUAACCGAUCCAGGCUACACAACUGGUCUCCCAUCUUAUAAUGAUCCAUAUUCUACUACUGGAUACCCUGGCACUGAUCCAGGCUAUACAACUGGUCUCCCAUCUUAUAAUGAUCCUUAUUCUACUACUGGAUACACUGGCACUGAUCCAGGAACUACUUAUCCCUCCUAUAGCUACUAUGAUCCUUAUCAAAGUACUGGAACCUUUUAUCCAAGUUAUAAUGAUCCCCCAGUUGAUCCUGAAAUCGGCACUGAUACAGGAUCAGGAGGUGGGGCACUUAGUAAUUUGGGUAAUUUGAUGUCAGGACUUGACUAUGCAGGUAUCUUGAAUGCAAUGGGAAGAAUGUUCGGCGGUCAAAAUGCUUUGAAUCCUGUCUCUUCCGCUGUCAACCCUCUGUCAACUGCAACAAGUCCAGCUACAGCUUCCGGCAUAACAGACACGUCAGCAGGAGGUGUGACAACUCUACCUUUCGAUGAUAGGAUAAAUUCUGAUCUAGGCGCAGGAAUACCUUCCACUAUUAGUUCUGGAACAAGUGAUUCUCUUGCAGGUGCUGAUUUACAUACUCAUGUGAAUAAUGGUGAGUGGCAUGAAACAGCUAAACUUUCGGAAAAGGAUACCUAUGCUAAUUUGCAUACUCAUGUGAAUAAUGGUGAUAGGCAUGAAACAUAUACACUUUCGGAAAAGGGUACUUACAAUUCACAGAAUCAAAAACCAGAAGAUUAUAAUAUAGGUACAGGCACCCGUGUUUCUAAAUCCACAACAUUUAAAGGUUCAUCAGAUACAGCAGGUUACAGUUCAAAUUCAAAAUCCUCUCAAAACAACAUUGCUGGAUUAUUGGGUGCAGCAGAUCAUUUUAACUCUAAUUCUGAAAAAUCUGAUCAAAUGCUUAUUUUCACACCGACAGAUCUGAGCAAAUCAGCAAUGAGUGAGAGCGAUUACAACCCAUUACUAAGUGACGAAGAGAUUGCUAAAGCAUAUAAUAGUUUGGGAAAAAAGAAGAGGAAAUCUGUUUUGCUACUAACUGAUGGUGAGGUUAAGGCUCCUCAUGAAUUAUAUGAAGAGACAUACCCGACAGUUCUGGAAGAUACUGGAGGCAAUAGAGAUUUGAUUGAGAAAAUUGAUAAACAUUACCAAAACCUGCUGAAUGCCCCAUCUGAAGAAUUUCUGUCUAGUCUGCAGCCAUCUGUUGGAGAUAUAGGCACAGGUCUUAUCAAUUUCCCCCUCACUCAAAAUAAUGAUGAAGAUAUAAUGAAGAGAAUCAGAGAUUACUAUGAAGUGAUUCCCAAGGAUCAGGCUGCAUCAACAAAACCACUUUCCGGAAUAGAUGUAAAUUCGUCUGCAGAUAAAGAGUCAAAUAUUUCAACCCGAGUUAGGAAAGAUAAUGAGGAUUUCAUGAAACAAUUGAGUAGCUUCUAUGAAUAUAUACCUGCUGAAACGAAUUCUUCUGAAACACCAUUAGCAGAGGUAGUACCUCAUCUGAGAAAAGAAGGUAAAACAAUAAUUGAUACUGAUGAAGAGAAUAACAACAAAAUCGUUGUACCAAGAUCCAAUGAAUUCUUACCUUUUUUGACUGGUUUAAAACUGACUGAAUCCAGUGUUGGUUCAGAAAAUGAAGGAAUUAUGCCAAUUCUUCUACUAACUGAUGAUGCUGAAAGCCUUUUGAGAAGUUUGAAUCAUUCUAAACAAGCUAAAAGGAAUAGUGAGGAUAUAUUCGAACGUAUGAGUGACUUCUAUGAGUUUCUACCAGUUAGGAGGAACUCCUUCGAUCAAACUCCUGCUACAAAAAUAGGAAAAACUGAGUUAGACAAAUCGAAUGAAAAUAAUUCUGAAAGAGUUCGUAAACACAAUAAUGAUAUAAUCAGAAGUAUGGAAGACUUCUAUGAGUUUUUACCUAAUGGGAAAGAUUCAUCUGAUCAAAUGGCUCCUGGAAACAAAAAUGAUGAAUCUGAGGUGAAUAACCCAACUUCCAAGAAUCAUGAAAGAGUCAGGAAGCACAACAACAACGAUAUAAUGAAAAUUAUGAGUGACUAUUAUGAGCUAAUACCAGUAUCUGAUAUAGAUGAAAUAGUUUCCAGUACAAAAAUGCAUACUUCUGAAUUGGAAAAAUUGAAUGAAAACAAUUCUGAAAGAGUUCGAAAACACAAUAAUGAUAAUAUCAAAGGUAUGGAAGAAUUUUAUCAGUUUUUGCCAAUCGUUGAAGAUUUUUCUGAACAAACAGCUCAAGGAACAAAACAUGAUAAAUCUGGAGAUAAUAACCCAAAUUCUGAAAAUAAUGAAAGAGUUAGAAAGCACAAUAACGAUAUUAUGAAAAGUAUGAGGGAAUAUUAUGAGCUCAUACCAGUAUCUGACAUGGAUCAAAUAAUUCCUAAUACAAAAAUCCAUAAAACUAACAAGUUAGGAAAAUCAGUAGAAAAUAGUCUCGGAAGAGUUAGGAAACACAAUAAUAAUAUAAUCAAAGGUAUGAGAGACUUUUACGAGUUUCUUCCAAUUGUGAAUAACUCUUCUGUUCAUGGAACAGAAAUUGAUGCAUCUAAAGAGAGAAAUCCAAUUGCCACAAGCUCCGAAAGAGUUAGGAAGCACAAUAGUGAUGCAAUGAAUAAUAUGAGCAAAUACUAUGAAUUUAUACCAUUGAAUAUGGAUUCUGAACAAACUCUUCCUAGUACAAAAGUGUAUUCACAUGAAAAUGAGAAACUUAGUGAAAAUGUUUCUGGAAGAUUUCGGAAACACAAUAAUGAUAUAAUUCAAAGUAUGAAUAAUUUCUAUGAAUUUUUACCAGAUGAAAUGAAUACAUCCAAGAAAUCAUCAACUGGAAGUCAAACUCAUUCGACACAGUAUAUAAUGGAGAAGAGUGGUGAUAAGAUUAUAAGUGCCCCAAAUAAGCAAGGUGUGAACGAGGGUGGCACAGGAGAACAUUUUCAAUCAGCCCCACGAGUUUACAGAAUGAUACCGAAAAUGGUACCUUUCAUAAAAAGUGGAAUCAGUAUGCAUUCAGCGGUAAAGCAACACAUUAUGGAUGAUUUGAAAUCUAAAUUCAAAUCCAACUUUGAUCUUGAUGAUAAAUUGUUUGUUAUUAGAGAAGGAAUUGAGAACAGCAAGGAGUAUUUCAUUGCUAAAAGGCGGGAUAACAUACAAAAUGGAGGUCCAUGGUGUGAAACAUGUGAAUCGAGUCAUAAUCCAUGUGAACUCAUUCGUAGACCAUGCGAUGUGAGCCAUGAAACAUGUGAACAGAGCCCGAGUAAAUACAUUUUUCGUUUCACCUGUUAUGAUCCUCAUUCUGAUUGCCCACACAAGAAAGAUAAGAAUUUUGUCCUUCACUUUGAUUGCUUGAAUAAAAUUAGUCCUCUGAUAACGAAUAUUUUGAAAAAUGUUGAAAAUCAUCAUUCCAAUCCACCUGAUUGUGACAAAUAUAGUAUUCAUGACCAUUGUGGAACAAAUGGAAUUAGUUUCCAGAAUGAGUAUAGUCCUUGUCCAUGCUACAGUUAUCAUAGAAGGUUUGAUAAUCAAUACAACUAUAAUGCUAAUACUGCAGAUGUAAACACAUUGCCUCCACCAACAGCCAAUGAAUAUGGUUAUUCUUCCAAUAACCUAGAUUUCAAAUCACCAACAGAACCUGUCUACAAAAAGCCAUCAGAACCUGUCUACACAAAACCAUCGGAACCGGUCUACACAAAACCAUCAGAACUUUAUUACACUAAACCUGAUUACACAAAACCAACUGAACCUGAUUAUACUAAACCUGAUUACACUAAACCUGAUUACACAAAACCAACUGAACCUGAUUAUACUAAACCUGAUUACACUAAACCUGAUUACACAAAACCAACUGAAACCUAUUAUACUAAACCUGAUUACACAAGACCAUCUGAACCUGAUUACACAAAACCAACUGAAACUUAUUAUACUAAACCUGAUUACACAAAACCAACUGAACCUGAUUAUACUAAACCUGAUUACACAAGACCAUCUGAACCUGAUUACACAAAACCAACUGAAACUUAUUAUACUAAACCUGAUUACACAAAACCAUCUGAACCUGAUUACACGAAACCAACUGAACCUUAUUAUACUAAACCUGAUUACACAAGACCAUCUGAACCUGAUUACACAAAACCAACAGAUCCUAUCUAUACAAAACCUUCGGGCCUGCCACAAAAAAAUUGGUCUGAGAUUUGGGAAGAAAAUCAGUCUGGAAAUUAUCAGAAAUCAAGUAGUGAUAACAAUAAUUAUAUUAUUCGUAAAUCUACAGAAACAGAUUCUUGUCUUGAUACUUAUGGCUCUAACCAGUUUUCCAAUAGUUUUCACAACACUGCCAGACCAAUUUCUAGUCAAUCAACUUCAGAACUUUAUUUGAAUAACGUGAGUGAUCUACCAUCAUCUGAAACAAAUCAUCAGCCAUGGAACUAUCAAUCAGGUCCUUGUGAUUGCUCAAAAGUGCCAAAAUUUGAACCGAAUAAUUUUUUCCAAGGUUCUCCUCUUGAUUGGAGACCUCAUGUUAGUUCUUCUCACAGUGAAAACCCUGAAACUAUAUCAUGGCCCUCCAAACAAGAUUCAAAUGAUUGGAGCUCACCACCAAAGUUUCAUCAAGAAACUCAAUCAACUGCUGACGACACAUUGGCGUCGUCAAAUUAUGAUAGGCCUACUGAAAAGUAUGAUUUCCACAGAACAUUACCAAGUCACCCUCCAAAACCAGAUGUGACUCCCCCUGUUCUUCCGUGUCAUGAAUCUUCGAAUAACUAUCAACCACUGAAUGAACCUAAUAAAUCUGAACAAGUUAUUUGUGAAUCAAAAGAUCAAACUUACUCAAAAUUACCUGAAUACAACGGCGAUAAAGGUUGUGAAAAGUGUGGAGGAGAACUUGUUGGUCAAUUCAUCCCCGAUUUUAACUUUUCAUCACCCAUCUCAAACGGCAGAAGUAGCAUAAUGACAAUAUCAAAAGGUGAUCAAAAUAAACCAAAAUAUGUUAAGGAUUCAGGUGUAGACCAGUACAACACAUUUGAAAAUAGCAAACCUGUGAUAGAGAAACGUAUUUCACAUGCUAUUGAGACUAUUUUCAACACUUCACUACAAUGUUGCAAAGAUCAAGAAACUCCUCCAUGUUUUUCAGGAUCAGAAAACACAAACCAACCUCGUGCACCAAUUAUAAAGCCUGUUUGUCCUGGAAAUAUUAACGGAGGAGCCUGUCUAGACAAUCAGUGCCCAGAACCUCCCAAGUGUCAUAUGAAAGAACACGUAUGUACCAAACAUACUCAGAAAAUAUUAAAAAAUCCAGAUUCUGCAAAGUUUGUUCAAGGAUUUGAGUGCAAGAAAAUCAUUCAAUCGAAUCUCUGCAGAGAAAGCAUAGGUCCUUGUAAGACUCCACCCCCACCGGCAUCGAAAGAAUGUGAAUGUCUAGCAGAUUUUUUGGAGAAGAUAACGCAGACACUGGAUAAAAAUGGUUGCAAAGAAAAUGAGAUCAAGGAAUGCAAAUGUAAGAAAGAGUAGCUCUUGAUAUUAUAGAAAUUAAUCAUACAAAUUUUAUUCAUUCUUUAACUUUAAUAUAGUAAUUACAAAGCAAAAUGUUCAGAUAUCCGAUUAUCUGCUAAUACACUAACAUGCAGUAGGCUAGUUUAAAUUGUUUUUUAUAUGCCGAACAAGUUAUUAUGAAAGGUUAUUUUGAAAAUACUGUACUAUAAAUGAAACUUCUCCAUCUCAAAUAUAAGUGAAAACAUAAAAUGUAUUCACAGUUUACAUUAUAGGAAAAUAUAAAUGUACUUCUUUUUUUACUGAGAAUUAAUAAAUCUAUUAUAUUAGAGCUGCAUAACAAUAAUAAAACUAGUAGGAUAUAAUAUCGGGGUUUUUCAUUGAUACAAUCACUAUUUAUUUUUAGUACAGAUUCUUACAAGCUUUGAAGAAUAUUUAAAAUUCAUCUUAGAUUUAAAAUGUUCAAAAUAUUAAAUAAGACGAGUUGAUUUGAAUCGUGUUAACACAAUAGAAUUUUAAUGCUCAAUUAUUAAUUUUUUUCCACUAUUAUGAUGAUUAUUAUUAUAAUUGAUUGUGUCAAAAUAAAAAAUCAAAAUUGAAGUCAAGUUGACUCACAUAAUGCUUACACAAUGAACUUACCUACUCGUAUCAAUAGCGCAAUAUUGUUCUGAAUAAGUAAUAAAAUGAAUAAAUCUCUGUUUCAUUGCCUAUUCAAGGAUAUCAGAGGAUAUUCAAUGAAUAUCCAUGUGCUAUUCAAUACCACAUGAUAUUGUGGCUCUGGAUGUUCGACUGCUUGUAUUAAAAAUUCAACUUUCAAUGUAUUCAUGUUUCCAAUUAAUAAAGUAAUAUUUUGAUUAAUAAAUUAAGCUACAUUAUUCUGAAAGUAUAGAUUAAAAUCUGUUCAGGUGGGGUAAUUUAGUAGCUUUUCACUUUGAAAUACAAGAUUUACAAUAAUUAUUGUCAAUAAAUUAUCUACCGAUCGUAAAAACAACUUGGACCAUAGUUGGUCGAAAUUGGUUGUUAUUCAAUAGUAGAAUAAACCUAUUGAUAAUACUAAUUAUUAGUGAUUUUUCAUAGUGUCUGUUAUGUCAUAGUCUAUAAUAUGUCAUCGUAGGUUAACACUACAGUAACUACUUCUAAUUUUUUAUUAUUUUUUUACUCUAAAAUUUUUAUUUUUUAAAUCAAACAGUCUUGCUCGAUACAAGUCUUGAACAAAACCUCUUUUAUUUGGAAUAAAUCAGAUUCUCUUAUAAAACGUUUUGUUCACGAAUGUUAUGAAAUGUUUAAAUAAAUUCAUAAUGUUCAUAUUCUUACAUUCUAAUAUAAGUAUACUUAUCAUUUGACAAUUAUUUCAGAACUUAUAUUAUCUGAUAUUUGUUAAUACUCUGUGAUCCUUGAUGUACCAGCUGCAUGUGAAUUGUGUAACAUUAAUGACGGUUAGAAGUACGUCUAUUCAAUUAAAUCACGGUUAAUGACAUUAUUGAUUCUGUUUUAUGGCGUCAUUUUACUGAGGUUAACCUGGAUAGACGUACAACCAGGAGGGAGUCCUUAAGAUAUUUAGUACAUAUUUUUGAAUAGUUGUAUUCACAAUAAGAAGAUUUUUUCUAUUCUCCAGGCAUGUAAAAACAUUUUCUAUUGAAUUAAAAAUAAACUGUUUAUAAGUUAAUCUAUUA